AUGGACGAAAUCCAGAUUGAUUUUCCAUCAUCUUCACUACCAAUCUACACAGCCCAGGGAAGAGCAAGGCUGACAGAACGGCAUUUUCCGGAAAUGGUUCCAAGAAAAGAGGGAAAGAAAACUGCCACUAGGAGAUGCAGAGUCUGCUCCCAGAUGAAAGCAGGAACAAAGAACAGAAAGGAGAGCAGCUACAUGUGUAGAGAAUGCGACGCUGGGCUAUGUGUAGUGCCCUGCUUUCGGAUUUAUCAAACUUACAACAUGUCUAACUUGCCAUUUAAAUUAGUCGAUAUGACGGAAGGUGAAUUAUACGCCGAACUCGAAAACAUUUAUUCAGAAAUGGAACAAAGUCGUAUAAACGGUGAAGAAAGUCCAUCUGAUUGUGAAUCGUUAGCCAGUAACAGAGACGACCAAGUAAGUGAUACAGAAACUACUAUUAGAAGCAACGUGUUGAUAUGUUCAUGUUGUGACUCAGAAAAUGUCCUACCUUUGUCAACUAUCGCUAGAAGACUGCAACUAGCUUCAUCUGCCUCACCAGUUGGAAAAAAAUCUCCAGUUUGGUCUAAUGUGAAAACUCUUACACCACCUCCAGAUUUUACUGCACAUUCUGGUCUAGCAGAAUGUGUAACAAAUAUGGCAGAUCCAUAA